AUGGAUUGGUUGAAUCUCACACGUUGUGUAUUAAACGCGUACUUAUCUUACACCGCCAUCAUGCUGAACAUUGUAGCAAUCUACGCGAUCAGAAAAACUCCAUCAUUGUCAAAAAAUUUAAAAACUUUGCUUCUGUGUCUGGCUGUUUCUGAUCUUGGUGUUGGUUUACUAGCUCAGCCAAUGUAUGUUACACGACUUGUUGUGGACUCAACACAAACGAACGCAACUUAUAAUACCAUAUUUGUCGCGUUUCUUAUUCUGACGAAUUUGUUCACUUUUGCGUCAUGGUUUAGUGUCACGGCUCUCUGUGCAGACAGAUUUUUCGCCAUUUACCUUCACCUCAGAUACCAAGAACUUGUGAAAUACAAGAGCGUUGCUGCUGCAGUUGUCUUCAUUUGGAUAUUCAGCGCACUUAUUUCACUGAUGAGUUUAUUCAUCUCAAAAGAAAGAAUGAACGUAAUUUUCGUUGUUGUUGUGACUGUUUGUAUUACAACUGCAACGUCCAUGAGCGUCAAACUUUACCUUACCACUCUACGCCAUAUUAACCAAAUUCGAGUCACGCAAGUAGCGCUGAAUAGUCAAGUCGAAAGCCUUCAAAGAAAAAGGAAAUCUGCGAUGGCAUCGCUUUUCCUGUAUUUUGCUACCAUAGUUUGCUGUUUGCCUCAUAUUUGUAGGUUAUUUAUUACCGUCGCCAUUUCCGAACCAGGGGUUUAUGUACAGUAUUUCCGCUUUUAUGCUCUGACCCUGGUGUUUCUUAAUUCAACCCUUAACCCACUGAUCUACUGUUGGAAGAUGAAACAGAUACGAAACACUGUCAUAGGCAAGCUACGAGAAGUAUUUUCAAGUAUAUUUCAGUAAGACGAGGCUUCGUUUCAAAGCGCGUUUUGCACUCGUCGCAGCGAUGCUGGUAUCGGACAAAACAAAAAACUCUGCUUACGGUCCUUACGUAUCCUGUUCGUGUCACCCUUUCAUUGUGUCUAAUUCAGCACUUUUUUUAGCAGUUUCUAAUUUUUAUGUAUUCUUUUACAAUCCGCAGCAUACACACACAAGGAAAAAAAAAACAAAAGAAAAAACAAAAGAAAAACAGCAAAGUCUACCCUCAAAAUUUCACCGAAAAAAACUCCACACCCAUCAAAUUAAUGCACAUUUCAAUUGUUUCGAAUAGCAUAUUAUCAGUCGGGCUUCCCGAGUUCAAUAAUGGACUGAAGGCUGACGUGGAAGUUUCGUUGAAAAUUUCUUUAUUGGAGAUCCUUUAUUCAAGUGCCAUUAGUCUUAACGUAUAUGCAACCUGUCAUCUAGACAAAGAUAUUCUUUGAAUUGGAAAAACCGUCGUGUUCAUCAUUUUUCAUGGUCUAACGUACUUUUCAAAAACUAUUGAUUCAACUACUUUUAGUCAUAACUAAUAAGCAAAAUUUCACCUUACUAAAUAAUCUGGAAACUUUUAACUUUAAAUAAAACAAGUACUAGUAAAAGAGUUCAGAACCCAUUUAACAUGUAAAAAAAAUAACAGCUGAAUUUCCCAAAUCAAGUAGAAGUUAAGAACAGACCUUGUCACGGUUUUCGACGCCAUCUUGACGAGUACGUAGGCAAACGUGUGAGAAAUUACAGUGUUUGUAUGAGAAUCUAACGUCGAAUAAUUUCCGUGAAACGGCUGUUCUGAAAAAAAAUAUGACUUGUAAACUAAAGCUACAAAACAAAGGAUUGUACUAAAAAAAUUUGGGGGCUUACCUGUGCUUAAAUUUCUCCAAAAGGCUUGCUUUAGAUUUUCUAUAUAUUUGUCUGUAAUUUUCGCGGGACUUUCUUGCAGACAAAUGUAUAGAAAAUUUAAAAAAGUGUUUCUAGGUCUUCUAGCGCAUGUAACGCCCUCAAUUUUUUUCGGUAGAAUCCUUAGGAGUGAAGCUUUAGUUUACAAUUCAUAUUUUUCUUUUCACAACAGCCGUUCUAUGGAAAUUAUUCGACAUUUGAUUCUCAUACAAACACAGUAAUUUCUCACGCGUUUGCCUACUCGUCAAGAUGGCGUCGAAAACCAUGACGAGGUCUAUUCUUAAAGGGACUGGUUCACGAUAAUGCGCAUGUGUGAGUUCUGACAGUAGCUGAUUGUUUUUCAACCAAUCGGAAACGAGUUAGAUGCAUGCAAGUAAAUUUACAAAAUUCAAAUUAAUUGUUCGCGACGCGAGAGUAUUUCCGGGCAUUUGGUUUGAUUUUAUUUAUCCCCCUAAUUCAAGUUUAUUUUUUGCAACUCCUCAGAUAUAUGUUGCAGCCGAUAAGAAUAAGAUUUACAGCCCUGUCCUGCUUUGAAACAAACAUUUACCAACGUGUAUUUUUACGAGGUCGUACCCACGCUAACAAAGCAGUCACCGAUCGGCAAACAAAAUUUGUAUCCAAACAUCUUAUUACUGUUCUCUCAGUUCGCCUUAUAUAAAUCCAGAAAUACCUACAAAUAGCACCUGACCGGUGACAAAAACGCACAACGUAUGAGUAUAAAGAUUAUCCUUAAUUGAGCAUAAAUUUCAAAUGCUUAUCAGCAAAUGAACAAAUUCAUUCGCGUUGCAUCGGGUCAGUGUUCCGCAAAACAAAUGUUAUCGAGUAGAACACAUAAAGAAACUAGAUUAUAAACAGAAUAUUCAGGCAAUAAUUUAUUUUAAAAACAUCAAUUCUUAAACAUAUAUACGAUCGUAAAGCAAAGAUACAAGGAACAUUUCAAGUGUACCAGAUCAAUGAAGAUCGCGCGGCCUGUUGCGGUAUAACUACAGGUCGGAGUCAAAAAUCAAAUCAAAGUUGAACGAACUCAUGCCUUUAACCACUUUCCAAGUGUCGUGUAUACUUUUCGUAAGCCGCACACUACUCCUAGAACCAUACCAGAUCGAUAGGCUAAGCUUCUCUAUCUCCAAAGACUCUGGAGAACGUCCUGUUGCCGGACGGCCACGAUGCUCUUCUGAACCUCCAUGAUCAAAACAUUAUUUUUUUCGUUUUCUUAAAACGUAACCAGUCAAACGACACAACCACACGUUAAUCACCACUACCGAAGUAUAACUAGACCAGCAAAAGCGACGGAUGUCCGAACAAAACGAAGGAUUUUCAAUGAUUGUACCGGUAAUGGCGAUUUCGAAUUUAGUGUUGACCCGACAAAUUUUUUCUGAAGAGACAAACGGCUCGCAUACGCAUUAUCGUGAACCAGUCCCUUUAAUUUAAAACACUGUCAUGUCUGUUUUUUAUUCAAAAUUUUGUGACUAAGUCAGAAAUCAACACCUUUAUUUUUCGCACUAAAAUCGUUAAGCUGGUUUUUUAUAUUGUGAAUUUCAGGAAUAUUCUUUUGAAAAGGGAAUGAAAUGUCGUCGUCAGGCAAGAAGACGGAAAUGCAAAUGCAGUCUGUCAACAUUUCGUUCGACAGGGUACGAUGGAUAAAGGCGGCCCCGCCGACAAAUAAUGGUUUAGUUUCAUUUUGAAAUAAUGGUAGUUUCUCAUUUUAGCCUUGAGACAUUUUUUGUUUUGCCGCUUUAUUAGAUAAAGCCAAAGGCCAAGCGAUCCGCAACAGAGUGAGGGAACCAUUUGACAAGUAAAUAAAACAGCUGCAAUUUUCCAAAGUGGGUAUUCAACACCUUCACUGAAGCUCUUUUCGCUUCCAGGAUUUCGUCUUGUCAGAUUGUAAUUCUGACAAAAAUAUCAAAGAUUUCACCAUGACAGUGGGAAUAAAAAUAAGGCAAACGCAGCGUGGUAAAAUGUUUUGGUGCCGCUGAACCUACACAGUUGCGAUUGGCAAGAAGCUAAAAACCAAUGAAAAACUAAAACCAACAAACCCAAACAGGAACUUCAACGGGACUAAUGAACCAAGGUCAGCUCUGACCUCACGUACACGACCACCUGUAAAAAACUUACACAGUAACGAAGAAUAUUCCAAAAUAGACUUAGCAAAAUUUGCGAACAAAGCAUAAAUUCAAGUACUAGUAAAAUCACAAGAUGAAAACAGGAAGACAUCCAUGUGGACAAAAUCCUGACUUACUUGACCCACUUAACGAAACAAACACGAAACUUAAAAGUCGAGACAAAUUUUAAAUAUAAGCUUUAACAUACUUCACAACAAUAUUGUUAUCCACCCGAAAAGGAAACCUUUAAUUUAAACGCCAAUAAACAGAAUGUCAUCAUGACAUUCUGUUUAUUGGUACAUUUGCAACACUUUCAUGUUGCAAAGUUUAGUAACAUGAAAGUGUUUAGUUGAUUACAAGUAGGCGCCCAAAGGUAUCGUUAAAGAAAUACUAGUUAAAAAACGUUUUCAUUUACUUUAUUAUUUGCGGAUGCGAUAAAGUGGGUCCCACCGAAAAUAUGGUUGGACAAGUUUGCCGGAGAUUCUGUUGAAGUUGAGAAAAAACAUAAAUUAACAUAUAAGGUCAUUGUUCAAAGCCAUCUAAUAAGUUCGACUACUUUUAAUCUAGUCUCGACUAAUAAGGAACACGUCAUCUAAUUACAUGUUUUGGAGAAUUAACCUUGAAAUAUAACUUUGACUUGAAAUAUAACCUAACUGUCAUCAGCACCGUCGAGUGUUCAGAAGAAAUGCUUCACCCUGGCUUCGCUAAAGAGUAAUUUUAAUCAAUCUACUUAUCAAAGGCCAGCUUACUUUGAACGUCUUGUAAUUCUCCAUAAACACCCGUAAUUCUCAGUCACCAUCGUAGUUCAGGAAGGGAGGCAGUCUGCGAAAACGGGUUAGUCAUCUCUGGUUUCGCUAAGAAGAAUUUUAAUCAAUCUGCUUAUCAACGGCUAGCUUACUGAACGGCAUGGUAGCUCAAGAGAAGAAAGUCCGCGAAAACUGGUUCUACUGAAAUCGGCCUAAAAGAUCAAACUCUUGCAAAAUCCUUGGACUCAGAACAAAACCAAAAGGAACAACAAAUGAAUUACUUGCACCUCAUACUUUGCCUUUUAAACGUAUUUUCAUCUUACACCGCCACCAUGCUAAAUGUUGUUACAAUCCACGCCAUAAGAAAAACUCUUUCAUUGUCAAAGAACUUAAAAACAUUGCUCCUUAGUCUGGCUGUUUCUGAUCUUGGCGUUGGAAUAGUAGCUCAACCGUUGUACGUUGCAAAACUUAUCAUCGACUCGAAGGACAACAACGAAAUUAGUACGGAGCCUCAAAAUGCUAUCUACACGCAGCUUGUCUUAUCCCAACGCAUUUAUUUUGUUUCGCUACUUUCUUUAUCGUCACUGUUCUCUGUGCAGACAGAUUCAUGGCAAUUCAUUUUUAUUUCCGAUACCAAACCCUUGUGACACACAAGCGUGUUGUUGCUGUAGUUGUCUCAGUUUGGGCAGUCAGUGCAGUUUUUCCAUUGGUGAGGCUGUUGGUUCCAUGGAAUAUAAUGUACGCGGUUUUUGGCAUUAGUGAAUCUGCUUGUAUUAUAGCUGCGACUUUCUUCAGUGUCAGAAUCUAUUUGUCCGUGCGACGUCACUUAAACGAACGACAAGUGCUACAACUACAACAAGCAUCACAGACCGGACAUAUUAUUAACACUGAAAGGCUGAGGAAGUUUGCGAUCAUGGCAGCUCACGUCUGUCUCAUAUUGAUGGUUUGUUAUUUGCCAAUGACUGUCGUAUUAGUUUAUGUAGUUACCUCUGGAUCAAACAAUGUUAAAACGCAUUUACUGUUAAAUUUUGGCCUAACGCUAGUGUUUGUGAAUUCAUCGCUUAACCCACUAAUCUACUGUUGGAAGGUAAAACACAUCCGACACACCAUCAUUGGCUUAUUACGAAAUGCAGUUUCAAAGCACAACUGA